UCCUCCCACCACCGCCUGUUGAAGGUUCCAGACAGCCUCGGCAGGGCGGGGAGGGCCAGUGACCUUAUAGCCUCCAGCAGGGCAGCGGAGCGGGCUUUACCCAGCAAACCCUCCCGGGACCAACACCUUGUUAACCGUCGGCGGCUAUGAGCAAGGAGAAGCAGAGCAAGCAGGUGCUGGAGCGCGCUGGACCUCUGUCCCCGUCCAAAGGCCAGAAGUCCCCCAGGAUGCCCAAGUGCUCCCGGUGUCGGAACCACGGAUACGUGUCUCCUCUGAAGGGACACAAGCGUUUCUGUAACUGGAGGGACUGCCAGUGUCCCAAAUGCAAGCUGAUAGCGGAGCGACAGAGGGUCAUGGCGGCGCAGGUUGCUUUGAGGAGGCAGCAGGCUCAGGAGGAGGAGCUUGGGAUUUGUAGUCCAGUGACUAUGUCUGUCCCAGAUGUGAUGGUGAAGAAUGAAACUGGAGCCGACUGCCUGUUUUCUGUGGAGGCACGAUCCCUCACUCCUACCAGCACUCCCACUCCUCUUGCUGUCACAGGGACUCGCUUGGCAUCAUCCUCCAGCCCGUCAGCUGCUGCCAGGGCUCACACUGACGGAGCGUCCGACCUGCUGCUGGAAAGCUCCUAUUACAAUUUCUACCAGCCUUCGCGCUACCCCACCUACUAUGGCAACCUGUACAACUACCAGCAGUACCAGCAGAUGCCCCAUGGUGAUGGCCGCCUGUCCAGCCACAACGUGUCCUCUCAGUACCGCAUGCACUCCUACUACCCAGCAGCUACCUACCUGACUCAGGGCCUGGCCUCCACCACCUGUGUGCCGCCCUUCUUCAGCCUGGACGACAGCAACAGCUGCUCUGAGACCAUGGCAGCCUCUUUCUCACCCAGCAGCAUCACCAACGGUCAGGACUCCACCAUGACCUGCCGCUCCAUCAGCUCCCUGGUCACCUCCAACAUGAAGGCCGAGUGUGAGGUCAGCAGCCAGAUGGCCAACUUCACCGUCGAUGGAGUCGACGGUGACGCCAAAUAAACGAGGCUAAGGAAAACAUCACACAGCAAAAGCAUUAGAUCAAUCAGUUUAGUAGUUGAGUGUUGCUGCAGGUUUUUACGACGUUGCUGUUCUGGAGGUAUUUUCCAUUCUGUAGCCGACAGAACAGGUUGUUUGUGUAUUUUUAGUUCAGUUUUAGCUUAAAAUCUUUUGUUGAAGCCAGUUUACCUGCAUGGAAAGUUCACAGCAUGUAGAUAUCUGAGAAGCACUAACUUUUUGCAAAGACAUUCAUUUUUUGUUCGGUUUUAUCUCCAAUCUUUGGUGGAAGUAUUGAAAUUUCACACAUGAUAGCAUACAGACAUCUGAGAAGCACCAACUCAUAGCGAAGAUAAUUUGAAAGAUGACUGUGAGUCCAGUAAAUACGGCUUAGAUUGGACCAAAUUAUUCAAACUAGAAAGCAAUUUGGAGCACAAACUAAAGUUUUUGUUAUAGAAGAUGAAGGGACGCGACAGAUGAGAUCAUAGUAACAGAAUGAAAUCCUUUCCAGCUCAAAGUGAAAGUGUUAGUAUUUUAUUUGUUUUUUAAAAUCAGACUACAAUCUUAGAGUUUGUGAAAACCUAGAAUCACGAUUACUGCAGGCAAAUCCCAAGCACUUAUUUAGAAAAUGAAGACUUGAAGUUUAAUGUUUGAUAUGCACUACAUGCAACAGUAAAUGUAGUAAAAGAUGUUAUUAUUAGUCUGUUUUGGUUUUAUUAACUAUUAGUAGUCCAGUAAAACAGGCAGAGGACAGGAGUCGGCCACGUUCUUCCCACUAAGCACUUAUUUGGUAAUCUGUAGGUCCAAAGAUGUCCAGAUAUCAAAGUGAAAUCAAAUUUUUUCCUAUUUUAAUGAGCAAUGUAGCAUCAAACGUUUCUGAGCUGAUUUAAAAGUGACGUCCUCAGCUACACUUUGACCUCACUUUAGAGAGGUGAAACAAUCAGGUCAGCAAAAACAAGGAUUUUAGGAAGAGUUCAGUUACAUAUAGUUGUUGUUUUUACCACAUUUAAAUGGUACUAGAUUCCCAGGUUUAGUUAGAACCUGCUUCUGUCUGAAAAAGUGACACUAAUGCCGGGUUCAGACUACAGGAGUUUCUGGCUGAUGUAUCCUCGUUUCACCCCACUUUACAAUCAGAGGAGAAAUCUAGUUUGGGUCUUAAAUAUAUAUCAGAAUAUGUGGUAAUGUGGGGACUUUAAAGAUCCAGUCUGAAGCCUCUCAAAAUGCAAACAUGUUCAAACAUGUUCCAACAUGUAGACAGCAGACGCCGUCAAGAAAUGUUCAGCAUUCUAGCCCUGGAGGAUAAUGUUGAGCUCCAGAUAUUAAAACUGUUUAAAUCUCAUCUCAUGUAGAAUCACUGAGCCUUCUGCAAUCGUUUCUUUUUUCUUCUCACUGCUAAGUAUUGUUAGCAUUAGAGCAUGUUGUUGCACCACAGUCUCUAUUUUGUUUACAUCCCUUGAGGUGACUCCCUCUGGCAUGACUAUCUAAAUAAUAAUGAUAAUAAUAAUCAGCUUUAUUCCUAUUGCACCUUUCACCACUGGGGCUACAAAGUGCUUCAUGAAGCAUUAAAACACACAAAAUAUUAGAUAAAACAAUGAAAGAAAUAAAACAUACGUAAAAACAACCGAUAACUGAGCAUCAGAGCAGAAACAAAGUUAUAUAUCCUUCAUUGUAUGAUGCACUCUUUUUUUUGGUCUUGGAAUGUGUGCAUGUCUGAAAUUAGAAAAGGAUAUCUGUCAGGUUUGUUCCUGUGUGAGUGGAUGCAGCCUGAUUUCAAAAUGUAUUAAAUAUUAUAAAACUCCUGUGGUAUCAGCCCGACCCACGUUGCUGUUAAAAACAUAAACGCAUGAACAGGAUUUUUGAGGACGACAUUACUAUCAGGGAUUCCCUAAAGUAGUUUUUAUAGAAUUUUAAUCAACAUAUGCACUGAGUGACAUAUUUUAUCAAACAUACAUAAACUAUGUCAUGCAACUGUUUCUAAAUUACUCUUCUAGAAGACUGUUUCUUGUUCUUCCAACUGUUGCGCCACCACUACAAGUAUAUCUGCACUAACUGAAUAUUGGCUGAUACAUUAGUCUACUGUAGCUCCGUUUAAAAAAAAAAAUCACUUUUAACCUGAAUGUAGCCCAGUCAGAUUUAUGAUUAGACAUCGUUGGACUUGCACUACCAAAAUAAGUCUGGUACCCUGAUCAAGAUUCUCCUAAAUUUAGAAAAGUCUGCUGAUUUCUACGAUGCUAAACCUGGAAACCUGGAACCUAGUGUUUCUUUUUCGUGGAUUAAAGUUUAGAGCCACCAUCAGACACACCCAGAUCCUCCUGUAGGGCAAAGUGUGGAGAGAGUAAAGGCAGGUUCAACAUGAAUCAUGUUUCUCUCGGCUGUGUUGGCAUGUGAUGAGCACCGGCUGCUUAUUUAUGGCGCUGAUCCAGGGGCGUUGUUUAUUCCACGGAAUUUGCAUGUCUAUUGUAUAUUUAACCCCUUCAGGCCGGGAGUUUUGCCGCGUGUGUUACUGUUUACAACUUCUUCCACACUUGGGCACGACCUUGUAGACGGAGCCGAGGCUGAGGCAUUCAUCUGCAGCCAAUGUGACAGUCAGUUAAUCUCUACAGGCGUUUCUCAAGGAAAACAUUUGAAGGUUUCAGCUUCUCAAAUGCAGGCUUUUAUCAUUGUAAUUUAGAUUAAUUGAAUAUCUCUGGCUUUUGGAUUGUUAGUGAGGGAAACAAAUCAUCUUGAAUGUAGAUUUUUGUAUUCUUUUUUUGAACGUGUACAGAUAUAAAUAACUAAUCCACACAUCACAAUAAUAAUUGGCAGAUUAGUUAAAUAAAAGUAUUUGUUACUGCAGCUUUUUAACAGAUAAAUAAACUAGUCGCAGUGUUGUAUGAUUACAAUUUGGAAGCAAACAAGCCAAAACAAUCCUUUUUUUUUUACUUCAUGAACUAAUAAAAGUAAUAUUGUGCUGCCCGCUAUUGAACUGUACUGUUAUUGUAAAUGUAAUUAAAAAAAAAACAAAAACAACUCAGUAGAGAUUUUGCCAACUUUUUUCUGCCUUUGUGAAACUCACUAGUACACUCCUUUACUGCACAUUGUUUGUGUUUUAUGGAGAUUCAUUUCAAACUGCAUGCUUUCCACAUGUUUAUUUGUGUUUGUGUUUGAAUAAGACAGCAACAAAAGUAAUUUGGAGCUUUGGAGUUUAUGUCGCGACAAGUUUUAGGGAAAUAAAAAUGCUCUAAGUGAUGGAGUGUAAAUGUGAUGGUGUG